UCCCGGCGCGGGGGUCGCGGGCGGUGCCGCUUUCCCGGCGCUGUCCGCAGCCAUGUGGUCCGUGCUGUGGGCGGCCGUGCGCUCCAAGGCGCCCUACGUCACCUUCCCGGUGGCCUUCGUGGUGGGGCUGGUGGGCUCGCAGCUCGAGUGGUUCCUGCGCGGGGACCCCCCGGCCACGGCCCAGGACGAGAAGAGCAUCUCGGAGCUGCGGGAGGACCGCAAGCUGCAGGAGAUCGCGGGCGAGGACCUGACCAAGGUGGUGAGCCUGAAGGACAAGCUGGAGUUCGCCCCUCGGGCCGUGCUCAACAGGAACCGCCCCGAAAAGAGUUAAUAAAGGGUUCCCGGGGCAAAGGCCGUGCCCCGGAGCGGCCGCCGGCACUGCCCUGGAGCUGCACAGCUCCCACCGGCCCGGCCCCUGCCCCUGCGGACCCUCCGGAGGGUCAGGUUCGCCCGCGCCGUGGAUGUGGCCAAGGAACAGCCCCCAGACCCCGGUGGGAGCGGGCAGGGGGCCCUGCGAGGAGGCGGAGCGUGGCUGGAGCUCAUCAGCCCCCGGCCCGGCCUGGCCCCUGAAGCACAGAACCCUCCCGGCCUGGUUCCACCUGUGUCUCCUCAGGUUUGGCUUCUUCCAUGGCGUGACCGUAGAAGAAGGUUGGACCUGAGUGCCGUGAGAUGGGGUCAGGCUGAGCACCGGCAGCAGGAGGAGCUGCUGCCCUGCUUCCAGAUGCCGUGUGGCUCUUGGUGAACCCCAACACAGCCCCACGCUACCACGUUACACCCACGGGAGCCUGGGCAGUGGUGGAGAUCUCUGGGGACCCCUCUCUGCAUCAUCCCUGCGAGGAAGGGUGACAGAGGGAGGUGGAAGUCCUGGCCCUGCUCUGUCGUGGUGGUGUGUGGGGAACAGGGGGAUCUCUGCCCUCUGCCACAAUAAACUUCUGUCAGUCCUCGG